AUGGUUACUCGGGAACAGUUCUUCUACUUCUACUUCUCACUCAUUCUGCGCAAAAACAGAUGGAAACUACUUCGAAGAGUGUUCUGGAACAGCCGCGUUCCCUUGAAAUUGGUUGUGGAUCAGAGAGGCGCUGGGCUCAAGUCGGUUCCGUUCGUCUUUUCAGUUCCCAAGUGUCUUUCUUUUCAGUGUCCUCUCCCUAAAUCCGAUUACAUGCUUCUCACUUGGAAUUCUCGACAGUCAACUCGUGAAAAUCGCCAUGACAAGUACUUUGGAGUCGGGAGAAUCGGCGAGUGUUGAGCGUAUAAUGAAGGCGGUGAUGGACAGUUCGGUCCGUCCCGCGAGCGUCCGAAUCGGGCGGUGCGAUGUAUUCAACUGCUUCGGAAGUGAUGCUAUUCAGAGUAUUUCGGUUGAUGUAAGCUUUGAGAAAUCAUACUUUUCUGUUUGAAAAACUGAUUUCAGAACAUAACGCCAACUUACAAGCUUCACAGUUUGCCAGUGCCAAUUGCCGAGGAUGCGAAGCUCUCUCUGAUCAGACAGUUUAGUGCGCCCAAGAACAUCCGACUGGAGAAACAUCAUUUGGAACAGAUUCUCAAUACUCGGAAGUAUGUACACUUGCUCAUUCACAUUCCUUCUCAAAAUAUCCUCCCUUUCCAGUGUCUUCUACAAGAAUGACAUAGUUCGUCUGACUGACUACAACGUGUACACGGACAAAACGACGUUCCUCUACUACAAAGUCGACGUCUCCUCUUCUCCGUGCAUCCUCGACGCGAGCACUUCCGUCUACGAGUCUUCGGCAACUUCGUUCUUUGUUCCCUUUUCCAACUUCUUGCUCCGCAACCCCCUCACUCGUUCCAUGCACUCAACUGCACAUCGGAUGUCCCAGAUUUACUUUGCCCAGAAACGGAUAUCACGGAAGGCCCUGGUUCUUCUGGUGACUGGAGCAUCGGGCUCCGGGAAACGGCUUCUCAGCCGCGUGCUUGCCGCUCGAACGCACAGAACCUUCUACGAAGUCGACGGUUACGAGAUGGUCGGUGAGAAUCCAGCGGCGUCCGAAGCCAAAUGGUCUUCGUGGUGGGAAAAGGCGAAGCUCCUGCAGAACUGUGUGCUCUUCGUUCGAAAUGCGCACGUACUCGCCAUCGAUCAGUUCAACGCUCUAGGUAAUGAAAAGUUGAGAUUCAAAGGUAUAAUGUACAACCUUCCAGACAGAAGAAUCCUACAGUACAUGGAGCAGAAACUGAGUGAAUCGAGCAAAGCCACUGUAAUCUUCUCGUGCACAACCGACAUGAUGUCCUCGAUGUCCGCAAGUGUGAAGAGUCUCGCUCUGUACACGUUCUCAGCCGAUUACAUGGAUGAAACCGAACGAAAGAGCUGGUUAGCAUACUUUCUGGAGGAGAAGUUGGCAGGCCACGUGGCAAAGAAGACGUCUGGAUUCUCGCUGGCCGAACUGCAGGAGCUGGUGAAAACGGGAGAGGAACAGAGAACGUAUAAUUGGAAGGAGGGAAUGGAAAGGUCUACGAAGAGGCGAUUGAAAAAGAAAUGCGAAUUUUGCCGAUGCGAUUGGAGCCCCGAAGGUCUAUUUUGGUCUAUUUCAGCAAUCCACAAUUUGAACUGAACUUUCAGAUACCAAAUGUGCGAUGGAGUGAUGUCGGCGGUUGGAGGAGACGAAGCAGACGGUACUUGAGAGCAUUCGGACGAAUCUGUUCGGGUCGAGAGCUCUCAAACGGUCGGGAAUCAUUCUCUACGGAUCGCCCGGAUGCGGGAAAACACUGAUUGCGAAGGCGGUUGCAACGGAGUUCAAAAUCGCGUUCCUCUCGGUUAAAGGACCUGAACUGCUAAACAAAUACGUGGGACAGAGCGAAGAGAAUCUGCGAAAAGUGUUGAACGGGCCAAACAAGCCUCCCCUUGUGUCAUUUUCUUCGAUGAAAUCGACAGUCUGGCGCCCAAUCGUGGCAGAAACGGAGAUUCCGGAGGAGUUAUCGAUCGGAUCGUCUCCCAGUUGCUCGCGGAGCUCGACAAGUUGCACAACUCUCCACUGACCAAGGUGUUUGUGAUGGGAGCGACGAAUCGGCCGGAUCUUCUCGACAACUCUCUGAUGGCUCCCGGAAGGUUCGACAAGUUGGUGGAGGUGAAACCGGGCGAGGACGUGGAGUCGAAGACGAAGAUUCUGGAGGCGGUGUCCAGGAAGAUGAAGUUUGAGGAUGACGUUGACUUGAGAGAUAUUGUGAGUAGUUACGUGGAUAUCAAAAACGUAAUAACACCUCUUGCAGGCGAGUCGAGUCGAUGAGAAAAUGUCCGGAGCACAACUGUUCUCGAUUAUCUCAAAUGCCGGAAUGGCGGCGAUUGUGGAAACGAUUCAAGAGCUGGAGGACGGCCGAUCGGAAAGACAGACAGUACGGGUGGCACAGAGACACCUUCUUGAGAGUGUUCGAAAUUUUCACGAUACAAAAGUUUGAAUAAAUUCUAGAUAUUUGAUAACAACUUUAUGGUACAGAGCUUUCAUGUGACGUCCUCCCCUUUCAAAGUCCUUCCAGUUCUGGAUGCUCAUUAGAAACGAGAGCACUUCUUUUCGCUUCUCAUCCAAUUAAUUCUCCUUCCACAAUCAACCCGCUUUCUCCUUCGUAAUGAACGAGAAAGAAACCAUAGUUCGGCCGGCAGACGACUGUUUUCUUUCUCCUCGGAUGAGCGCAACGAUUAUCUAGGAAUGUCAGAGGUUAUCUCUUUACGUAGAUCAUAAAAUAACUGUCAUUUAUAUUUGCUACUUGUGACUUGAAAAAGAAGCCUUGCAGCAGUCUCAAUUGAACAUAUUCAACCCGAAUAGAGGCUCGUAGUGACCCCCCGAUUCCCGACCGCUGCAACACGGAAAUACUUGCUCUCCUUGCUUUCCGAGUUUCCACUUCCCGAUUGCAUCCGACAAACAUGGCCUCUUCACCUGUCCUCCACCCAUUUUUAGCCUCUCGCACACAUCACUCCCUCCCUUAAUGUUUCCAUUUUCAGAUGUCUUCUCGAGAACAGCAUUUUCACCCGUUCUUGACCUGCCAACUUCAUCGUUUUUUACGACGAUUAUUGGCAAGCCGCCAUCGCCACCACACCAUCAUCGAAAACAACAAUUUCACCGCCUCCUCCCCUUCUUCCUUCGGCUCUUCCUCUUGUUAUUUUGGAAGAUGGAGGUUGGAGACAUUUGUGAAUAUCACCUAGACGUACACGAUCAGAAUCAGCCUCGCUCCGAGCUUCUCACGUGCUCAUUCGGUCAUGGUUAUCGUGAGAAAACGAGCAGAAAUAGCACUUUAGAUGACAUGUAACAUUUUUCUCCCAGUCCAGGGACACGUUUAGAAGAAAGCCAGUCAGUUUCCAGUUUAAUGACGUGAUCAGCGCGUACUCAUGUCUGCCGGGCUUCCAGUGAAUCAGCCGGAAAAGAGAGAGCGGCAGGUGGAAAUGAUAGUCCAACGGGGCUUCCGAGCCGUUGAUUCAUCUUUCCCACACUUGGUGCCGGCGCGCAACUUCUUAGUUUCGAGGAGAUUACCUAAACUCAAUUUAGCCGUUAAGCUGUCUGGCAUUGAACUAUUUUCUGAUGAGAAGAAAGCUUUAGGAGCACGUUUGAAAGCAAAUGAACAGAACUUCUUGAAUCAGGCCUGCCUCGAUUUGGCCUUUUGACCCAGUUGCAAUAUUCGAUUCGAACCUAAACUUCGCAAGUGUAUGCAAUCUUGACCCCUUCUCCUUCUUCCUCUUCCCUUAUUCCUUUCGCUGCUCAAAUCCACAUUCCUUCUGAUGACAUCCAUUCACUAACGCCAUUCACGAUUGGCACCAUUGACACCAUCAAGAGACGUUCUAACCCCUAUCAAUAAUUGAUCUCCCAAUGCAAUCUUUAUUCGAUUCCCAACGGUUUCUCGCUUCCUCGUCGCCGCGUUACAACUCGUUUUCGACCUUCUUGAGUUAAAAUCUCAACUCUAUAAAUAAUUGACGUCUCAUCUCGUUCUACGCUUCCAUUUCCUAAUGACAAUACUUCUUCUUCUUCUAAGUCUUCUUCCUCUUCCCCUUCAUCAGCAGUAUUGUGCAAAAAGUUAAUUUCCUGGUCUGAAUGAGUUCUUUUCAAUCAAGUUUCCCUCUGUUGACAAGAAGCCACGUCACACGAAGGAGAAGACCUGCGUUCCGGCGCUGUAAACACACUCGGAUUUUAACAUGUCUUUAGGAUUUAGAGCUCCGAAAUGUUCGGGAUCUCUUCCCGGACAGAGAUGUGUCUCCAUUGCGGAAGGCGGAAUUGCCGUCCUUUGCGGCGAAUCAUUGAUAUUCGGGAAGUUGGCGACUCUUUUUUCCUCUCUGAAUGACCAAUGUCUACGUCAGACUAUAGCGUCAAUCUCGUCUUCUCACCCUUUUCAAUAGCGGAGAGAAUAUUUAUCUGAAGGGGACAGAAUGAGCCUAAUUUCCGUUUUUUUUUCUUACACUCUUUUACUUUCCCUUUAAAUACUCACAAAAAAGCAGAAAAUCUCAAAAAUCAGGUUCGGUCUAGUGGAACGCGUGAGCAUGACCGGUGUUCUCAAAGAUUUCCGCUUCGUUACCCUUUCUAGUCUGUCCGAAUUGUUCAGAUUGUCCUUCCUUCAGUGGGCGGAGCUUGCUUCCAUCAGGCACCACCCUCCUCUUUUUUCCCCGUUGCUCUCGAGAUCUGUCUUGUCUCCGACUGCUCCCAAACAUGAAAACAACAACAACAACAAAGUCCUUUCUAUUUUCAGCGCCUCCUCAUAAUUAUCUUUAAGACUCCCUCACUUCUUGAGUAAUUAUUUCGAAGCGAGUGCCUGGUACGGACUGGCUCUUUUCUCUUUUCAAUUCAUAAAUGCCACGAGAAAGAAUCUUGCUGAGGGUGGAAUAUCCGGUAGUCUCGGCUCAUCCGCAGAUUGAUCUCCUUUGGAUUUUAGCACAAUUUCCUUCAAUCCCUUCUUUGCUGAAAUUUUGGACUGCAAGUUACAAUCGAUAUCAUCAUCUUCUAAAAGUGGCUUUCACUCUUCUCACCGCCCACGUUCAGUUCUGGUAUCACCCGACUCCAAAACCCCGGCCGCCACAAGUACAAUCCACGCCACAUCACCCUUGUGCGCAAGAACAUCUCCGCUACAAUAUCGACUUGUCUGGAAAACAACCACAUCACCCUUCUGCUCUUUUUUCUGCCUAAUCGUUUUCAUUACUCAUGUUCUCUUCUCUUUCUUAAACGUUCCAACCGUUUCCAUUUCCAGUGUACUUUAAAGACCAGCUCAUUAGACGCAACAAAAAAAAACAGAAAACGACUAGAAUUUCUGUUCGUAAGGCUUCUUUCUCUUAUUCUGUCUUCGUGUCCCCCCCACUAAUGAGAAGCCCUCGUCAAUUUGUGCUUUGUCUGUCUUCCCGACCGCACCCAAUCGUUGCUUUCUCUUUCUUUAUCUCUCUCUCUCUCUCUCUGAAUAUGUUUAUCCCACUUUUAACUUUCAGAUGUCGGUCGACACCAACUCGACGACAUUUUUCGAUGAUGAUAUGGACGACGAUACGCCGGUCAAAAGUAAGCGGAUCAUCAAGUUCUGGAUGAUUCUCGCCGCCAUCUCCGUCAUCGGAAUCGUUUUGAAUCUGGGCCUUCUGCUCCGUCGGAAGUUUUCCACGUAAGUAGUAAUCUACUUCCUCUUUCCACAUCCCUUUUUCAUUUUCCAGUAACCGUUCAUCUUCCACCACUCGAUCCUCGGUUUUCCUUCUCGGGACGAUGGCGAUCGCCGACACGAUGUGCCUCUUUUCGCUGCUUUUCCUCCUGUGCCUUCGCUUUUUCGCUCUCCACCCUUACGUUCUGACGUUUGUUUGCAAGGUUAGGCUGGUUCGCAUGCGAUUUUCGGGGAUUGCAUUGCAUUCAAUCGAAAACAUUCAUUAGCCAGAUGAAAAGGAUGCGAGAAAAGAGGAAGUGCGGGUGGAAGUGAGAUGUUUGGCAGGCGAUGAUCGGGGUCGACGUGCGCAAGUUUAGCCAAGAAAGGGGGCUUGAUAAGCGGGGAUGAGCGCAAGAAACCCUGUAGCAAACAUUCCGAACUAUGGUUCGAAAUUCUAGUCCCAAGUACGAAUCUUGCAGCUGAGUGUGUUCGUGAUGCACACAACUUCAUCGUUCUCCAUCUGGUGCUGGCUCGUGCUCUCAGCGGUCCGAUACGUGGCCGUCUACCGCCCGUACACACACCUCAAACUCAAUAAGGAGCCGCGGCUCGCCGUGGUAAGCGCGCCCAUCUUUUCGCCGAAAUCUCAUUUCACUCGCCGCCAUUGUCACCUAACACACACACACACACACACAUAUUUCUAUUCAGCUCACCGUCGCCAUCUUCUGCUGCGUCUCGGAAGUGUGGGUGCUGUGGGACAUUGGAUACGACGACACGUUCAAGUGUGAGUGAUGGGGACCGAAGAGCGCGCAACGAGAGCCGUUUGUUUUCAGCGUGCGGUGGAACCGAGACCGAAAUCAGUCGCCAUCUCCAGAUAUUCGAGAUUUUCAGCUCUUAUUUCCUUCCUGUCAUUAUGAUUACUGUUCUGGAUUUGAAAGUGAGAAAGAAGAGAAACGAAUGAGAUUUAUUCAACCUUCGAUUUCAGGUGAUAUUGUGCCGGACAUGGAGGUUCUCCCAUGGUCCGAAGAGAAGUGUGAAAGCAGUCAAACAGAAGUUGAGUGUCUAUUCGGAAGGAUGUCCGUGUAAGGGACUAAUCUACCCAGCUCUUUUGACUUUUACCCUUUCAGCGCCCGAAUCAAGCAUGAAGAAGUACUCGACUGCGACAGUGACCAUCAGCAAGUCUCGCUCAAACGGAGAGUUGACGACAUCGAGUUCUUCAAGGUAAGCGAACUGAUUGUGAGCAGCAGAAGCUCAAUGAACAGUGAUUCGUUGCAGAUCUAAGCGAAGGCAGCACUUGCGAGUACUCAGAAGGUGUCUGUGCAUCACCGUCUUCGACCUCUCCAUGAAUCUUCCCUCCUACCUGCUCAGACUUUAUUUGUCUCUAUCCGUAUCGGAAAACAUAGACUUCUCGACAAUUGUGAUCGUGGAGGAAAUCUCGCAAAUCAUGUACUUUGCCCAGUUCGCUCUGAACGCUCUCUACCUGAUCUGCAUCAUUUAUGACGCUCCCAAACGGAAGUUCACGGUGAGAAGCCUCCGUUCCCCUUCACCUCUUUAUUUCUCCCGUUUCUAGCUGCCAAGUACCCAGCUGAGUGCCGUCGGAUUGACUCCUCGGGCGAGUCGAAAAUCGCAACGGAGCACAUUCGAAACGCGUCUUGUCUAG